AUGUCCUUGCCACCCUUAAUUACCACCACUCCCGAAGGUCGACGAGUUUACUCUUGCGAUUUAGUGAUUAAUAAGCAAAAAUUAACUAGACUAAUUAUUGACCCUCACUAUGAGGAAGAACUAGUUCAGCAAUUAAAUAACGGAAUCUUUUUUCCUGACCCACCCAAAAGAGAAAGUGCUUAUCAGUAUUUUACCAUCGAGGAUAUUCAACAUGGUAAUGAAAGUUAUUGUUUAGUUUGCGAAGCGGAAUUAAAGGAGAUAAGGGAAAAAACUAGUAGUCCGAAUUACCCUUAUAAAAAUAAAAUUUUGUCGCCUAGUGCUUCGGGUGAAGAGAAAUUAAAAUAUCAAGUCUGCCAGGCUAUUUUAGUUUAUCAGCAAGAAAAUAAUUUACCAGUGGAGGAAGUGGCUAAAAAAAUGGAAACUUCUCUGACUAAAACUUAUGAUAUUUUGUUAGGUAAAAUAAAAGGUUUUCGGUUAAAUGAGUUAGCGAACUAUUUAGAGAAAUUACAUGUUCCCUUUGAAGUGAAAAUUACUGAAAAUAGCCAGUCAGUUAGAAAGGAAGUUUAG